AUGGCAAUUGCAAAUGUUGUAAAACAAGUCUUGGACCAUAAGGAUUAGAUAAAAUGCUUGUUGAUGAAAUUGGAGAUGCUGUAAUAACAAAUGGUGGAGUAACCAUUGUAAUAUAACUAGAAGAUGAACAUCCUACAGCUAAAUUAUUGUAGAGUUGAAUUAAUUAUAAGAUAAAGAAAUAGGAGUUGACAGAACAUCAAUUGUUAUUUUAGCAGCUAAAUUACUUCACUGAUUUACCAAUACAAUUAUUUCUGGAUAUAAAUUAAGCAGCCACAGUAAAAUAUAUUCAACUGCAUUUCAUACAUAAAAUAAUUGAAGAUGACACUGAUAUAUUAAUUCUGCUAAAAUUACUAUUAAAAGUAACAGAAAGCCACAACUUUGCUAAGUUGGCUAUAGAUACUGUUAGAGUGAUUAAGACUGAAAAUCUAGAUUUAAUUUAAGUUAAAUAUUCAAUAAAAUCAAUUAAUAUUAUAAAAAGUAUUAUUAUAAUAGAUGGUAACAAAAUUUAAGAAUGUAUAUUAAUUAAAUAACUAAAUUGUAAAUGGGAGUUUAAAUAUUGA